CGUAAAAACUGAUGCAGUGACGAGUGGCUGCGAUCUCAGCAUAUCUUGGUCAAGAUGAGAGAAUCCAUCCCCCAACCCGUCCAUCCCCACUCCCUACCUUAAAACUCCCAGGCCAGCUGGCUCAGCCUAUACAACACAGCGGCAAACAGCCUAGAGCGGCUCUGCCUCGGAUGCGGUGGAAAGUGAGAGCAAGGAUGGUGGAGAUUCACCAGCGGACUGCCAGGCACAACGGCACACACCCUGACAUCCCAGCACCAGUGAGAGAGAGGCGGGAGGAUCAGAACUUCAGAGCCAGUUGCAGCUGUCUAGCCAGUGAACUUGAAGCCAGCAGGGACUCCCCGAGACCCUGCUUCAAAUGCCAAUAAACUCCAACAAACCUGUUAGAGUCUACAGAAAGGAAUUGGGUAUCACAGCAAUUGUGAGUCACCCCUAGUAUAAGAGAAAGGGGAGGGGGCUCCCUGAGAGAAAUCUCUCCAUCAUCGUCAUCAGCACCGCAGGAACUUGCUAGAAAAGCAAACUCACAGGUCCUAUUCCGGGUGGCCUGUGUCCGGAGCCCCGCAGUCCGGGGCCAGUCAUUUGAGUUUUAACAAGGCCUCUAGGUGAUGGGUUAGUUUGAGACCCGCCCUGCGCUCUGGCUUCCAGAUGCAGCGGCCAUUUCCAUCCCUCUCUGGACAAUCGCCUCUGCGGCUCGAUGGCACUUCAGUGCUGCGACUCGGAAGCUCCCGAACGCACCAGUGUAGUUGCUACUUAAGAGUGCCCUUUCCAGGAGCUGGCUUUGUCAGCUUCCAGCUUUGUCCGGCCUGGAGAAUUAGCUGUGCUCAGGCGGGAGCCACUCGGCACUGUGUCAGUAACAAACAGAUUAGCUGGCCAGCCAUGACUUAUUCAUGAUGAAUUAACUGUACCUGGUUGCACACUUCUGCUAGCUAAGUGGAGCUUUAGAGGACCCAUCUUGUUAAUGGUCCUGGUGCUAAUUGCAGACACAGAAGGAGCACUAAUUAAAUGUGCAAACUGUACGAAGGACAUUUGGGGCUGCUGAGGCCACAAAAAACCAUCAUUUUUUGAAGGGAAACCAAAACAAACUUUAUCUUACGCACUAUUAAGGAGUUCCCCGGGCUACGUUAAUUAGUCUCGGUAAUGCUUUCCUGCAGGAGUUGACUCCACACACGGAUGCAUGUACAGUGCUCUGGGAGGCUCUGGGAGGGGCACCGCCUUUGGUCCUGUGCUGUAAUUUGGUUACACUCUCCUCUGUUUGUGAUGACCUCCCUGGCUUCCCGUUUGGGGCUGCGUAUAAAAUUGGUAUGAACAGGGGGCUGGUGAGAUGGCUCAGAGGUUAAGAGUGUUCCAGUGCAAUGGUGAGGAAUGGAAUUGGGGUCCCAGCAACCAUGGAACAAGCUGGGAACCCCACAGAUACUUGUAACUUCAGCUCUGAGGGAGCCGACGUCUUCUGGCCUCUGCCCGAGCAGGUGCGUGUGACCCCACGUGAAUGUGUAUGCUCACACAGACCCAUAACUAAACCAAAACAGACCCUGAAGAAGCUGGUGCGACUACGCCUGUCUUUUCUGGACUCCCACACUCUCUACUGUGGCGCUGCACCUUAGAGCGCAGUUACAAGCAAAGGUUUAACGCGUUAAACAGUGCAAGUGGCCGCCUGCUGUGCGCGACUAUGUGGCUUGGUUGGUAGAGCACCUGCCUAGCAUGCAUGACGCCCUGUGUUGUCUCCCUAGACCACAUGAAAACUGUGGUGCACGCCUGUUAUCCCAGCCGAGGCAGGAGGAUCAGGAGAGCAAGCUCAUCCUUGUCUAUGCAGUGAGUGGGAGGUCAGCGUGAAGUGGAAAUUUCUGGCUUCUUUGAAGAUUCAGUUUUGUCAUGUGAUGUUUUGCUGAAGGUUGGCUUGUGAGAGGGCAGUGAUGUGCUGCUGUGAGCUCUCUCGUGAGAGGGCAGUGACUUUGGCCGGCUGAGAACAUCUCCCGGUGGACUCUGAGGAGAGGAGCUAUGUAGAGGCCUACACUCAGUGAGGUGUCACUUUCUGGAUCUGCAUCGCUGUGCUGAUCUUCCUGCUGAUCUUCCUGACAUUUGAUCUCAAAGAGAACCUUUCCAGAGAACUCCUCGGGCAAUCCAACUGAGUCUUGUGGCUUUCGCUGACUUGAUGUUGCAGCUUGGUGUUGGCUUUUGGACUGGACUGCUGGUAUCCUGAUGGCUGAGUUUGGUAAUCCCCUAAAAGCCCAUUAACCCUAAUUAGCAGAAAAUAGAUAAAAGAGGACUACAGCCCUUUUCCUACUAAUCUCCUACUUAAAGUUGGGGGAGGGUGGAAGGGAGGCAAAGGUGCUUAAGAACUCUAAAUAAAGUAGGUUUAGUGAAAAAUCUAAACCCACGUCACUGUACGGUGUGUAAGGCCCUGUCUCAAAAAAAUGAUCAUAAUAGUAAAAUAAAAAGGCUAAGGGGCCGGACGUGGUGGCGCAUGCUUUAGUCCCUGCACUUGGGAGGUAGAGGCACGCAGACCGCUGUGAGUUCAAGGCCAGCCUGGUCUACAAAGCGAGUCCAGGAGAGCCACAGGAAGGAGCUCAAUCCCUAGUAGAAAAAAAAUGAGGACAAUCUACACAGAGGUGCAUACAUGCCUCUACACACCCCUGCACACACAACAGCAUAGGCACAUGAGCAGAGACACACGUAAAUAUGAAGACUUUCUGGUUUUCUUUUAAACACUUGAUUUAAAAAAAAAAACCAAAACUAUUUACCUCGAAGGAAUGUUUCUGUGUGGUGUGAUGUGGGAGGGAAUUCUCACUGCCAGGUACAUUUUUUUUUUAACAUAAAUAAGCGGUUGCUCGGGCUCCACGUGCUGGAAAGCACUGCCUGCCCAGUAACUGGCUGGGGAGCCGGCCUCUUUAGUCAGCGCUGGCCCGGGGAGUCUCUCCCGGACUUCCCACUCCCUUCCACCCACCCGUUUCCUCCCCUUGCAGCAGCACGCUGUAAAGUCACUGUAACUCUACAGCGUACCCACUCUGAGGUAGGAUGCAGAUACAUAAGUAAAGUAAUAAACCCAUAGGUUGAAUUAUCUAUAAAGUCAUUUAUAAACCAAGUACAUUUAUUAAGGUGCAUACGUGUACAGGCUGGUGACAAGGCUCAGCAGACAGGGGCACUUUUGUUAGGAGAUACAGUCCGCUGUGGAGCUUAUGGGAGAAGCCAGGCAGCGGUGACACACACCUUUAGUCCCAGCACUCUGGAGGCAGAGGCAGGUGGAGCUCUGUGAGUUCCAGGCCAGCCCGGUCUACAUAGAGAGUUCUGGGAUAGCCAGAGUUGACACAAACCUGACUCAAAACAGUGGCUCCUGUUGCCACUGUUUGUUUGCUUUUUCCAUUUAGCAACAUUUUUACAAUUUUCAGUAUAAAAGUCUUACAUAACUUUCAUUAGAAUUAUUCCCGGGUUUAUGACAUUUUUCAGGUUUAUGGUUUGUUUUUAAUUUAUUUCUUUAUCUGAGAUAGGGUCUUACUCUGUGGCUCCGGCUGUCCUGGAACUCACUCUGUAGGCCGGCCUGGUCGUGAACUCAUCCAGAUCCUCUUGGCUCUGCCUCCCCAGCCCUGGGAUUAAAGGCGAGUGCCAUGACAGGUUUAUGGUUUUUAAAGGUUAUACUAAACAUUAUUUAGCUAGGGAAGGAAGCUCCUUUGGUAGAAUGCACAACGUGUGCAGGGCGCUGAGUUCAAGCUCUACCACCCAGGAAAGCAGGCUUGGUGGCACAGCCUGUAUCCUAGCACUCAAGAGGCAGAAGCAGGAGGAACAGAGGGUCAAGGUCGUCUUUGUCAACGUAAUAAGCCUGAGGCCAGCUUUUGGUACAUGAGACCUCAUCUCACAAAAACUAGAUAAAAUAAAUGUAAGGACCAGUGAGGGUGAGGUGGCUCAGCAGACAACGGCACUUGCCACCAAACUUGGCUGCCUGAGUGUGAUCCCUAGGACCCACCUGGCAGAAGGACAGACUGACUCCCAGUCUUCUCUGACUUGACAUGGGCAUUCUGGUCCAGAGACACAAACACCGAAUAAAUAAAUGAUAAAAAUCAGGUGUGUUUUGAGGGUGUGUGUAGGGACCUGUGCACACGAGUGCAGUUUUGUGAGCUGCCUGACAUCCGUGCUCGGAAGCAAGCACAGGCAGAUGCUCAGCGAGGGCGGCGCUCACCCCUCUUCCUGUUGGCUCUCUGCUUCCUGCUCCUGUGCCGUGCCUGCUGGGGGCUGCCUUGCCUCCCCACCCUGGGGGACUCUUUAAGAUUAUAAGUCCCCAAAUCCCUUUUCUUCCAUGAGUCCUUUGUGGUCAUGGGGUUUUAUCACAGCGACAGAAAAGCCACUAACGCCUUCUGCAACAUCACAUUGGGAACCCAGUGCACCAUAGCGUGUCCGUUGUCUAGCGAGAGCGAGUGACUGGCCAGGCUGACAGCCUCGAGUGAGGGUAGAACUACACGUUUCUAUUCUUGGGGGAAAGGUCUAAAUUCAGAAUCCGAAGUACAUUUUCCGCCAGCUGUGUCUCAUUUUCACAGCACCAUAAAGGCAAGAAAGUAUUACGUGGAAACAUAGCACGUCAGGGCCUGUUUGUAUAGACAUCCCCAAAACCUGGCCCCCAAAUAGGAGCCAAAGCAAGGCUGAGACACAGCUGAGCGAAAAGCAAAUCCUGUGGCCCCAUGUCCAGCCUCUGACGUAGGUGUUCACAGUAGCAUGAUGGAGCUUGGGCAGCUCCGCCUCUACGGCUUUGCUGUGUGCCCAGGUGGCCACUCUGCUGGGCCGCUCCACUCAGCGACUGCAGCGUCACUGACACAUCCCGCUUCCUGGGGUUUCUGUCACCACUUCUCAUGAUCACCACCCCCCAGGGGCUGCCUUCAGGGACCCUGACCUGUCACCCUCGAGGGCUUGCCAGGCUUUCUUUAGAAAUCCUGGUGGAACCCGUCACAACCCCGGCACUCCAUGCCUGCAAAGCCAUGUGGGCAGCGACGGGGUCCACCACUAGCUGAGCGCCUUAUGUGGGGGCGGUAGCAGCCUCCAAGUGCUGGGUACUGAGUACAGAUGAGCAAAUCCCAGAGAAGCAGCUUCUAGGGUGGUCUGUGUCAGCAGGACACACGAGGGUCUCUCUUCUCAAGGGUCUCUCUUUCAACUUGUUCCAUUUUAUUUGUGAAUGUGUGUGCCGGUGCCUGUGUGUGUGUAAGGUGUGGGGUGGUUAGAAUGAGAAUGGAGCCUGCAGGCUUGUAGAUGCGAAUCCUAGUUCUGGGAAGGAUUAGAAGAAACAGCCUUGUUGGAGAAGGUAUGCCAUUUGGGGUGGGGGGGGUGGGGGUUGAGCUGUCUCCAAGGCCCCUUGUUUGGUUGGUUUUGUUAUUGUGUUGGUUUUUUUUCUAGACAGGGCUUCUCUGUGUGGCCCUGGCUGUUCUGGAUCUAGCUCUGGAGACCAGGCUGGCCUCAAACUCAAAGAGAUCCACCUGCCUCUGCCUCCGGAGUGCUGGGAUGAAAGGGGUGUGCCACCAUCGCCGGCUCCUUCUCCUUUUUUUGCUUGUUUGUUUUAAUGGAGCAAAGAUGUUUUUGAACCAUUUUCUCCAAACACAUGGAUCAUCAUCACAGAGAACUGAAAACACUCUGAGCCAGGAGAAACUUACAAGGGACCGGAAACACAUAUAUGUCAGCUUCCAAGGACUGUGUGGGCUCUCACCCACGCUUCUCGGAGAUGGGCCACAUGCUCUGUUCUCAGCUGGGCACCAUUUGGAGGGCGAUGGUGCUUCUUAGCUUAGUGUUCUGGAAUGAGGCCUAGGAGUCGCUGUGUCCUGGGGCUGUUUAACACUCCGGGGAGGCUGGCGUGGCUGUGGCUAGGCACAUGUGGUUGGUGACUUUGGGCAGCAGCCAGUUGAGGUUAUUGUAAUACCGUUGGGCCGGGUUAUUUUAAGGUACAAUAGACAGUUUGUGAAUCUCCUCAGCCAACUGGAGGCUCUUCCCAGCUAAAGUCAUGAUUUCAGCAUAAAAGAAAAGAAGGGCUAAGUUAAAAGCCAGCACCUGUUCUUCUAAAAUUGCUUUUCUGCAGGUACGAGCCCCAGAGAGUCGGCAGAUGGUUUUGUGUUUCGAAGUCUGACCUCAGCAGCCCUUCAUCAAUCUUGAGCUGGUUGACUCUCCCAGGCUUCCCAGGGUACCCAAGCUAUCUUUGAUGUAGUUACUAUCUGAAGACCAAUUAAUUAGCCCAUACCAAUUCUGUUCUGUUUUCCUAACAGAGUGGGGAAGCAGUGUGCUCAGCCUGCCUGGGGCAGCUUUAUACAAGCUCAUUAAUUACUGUCAGAGCAGACACGGGUGCUCCAGGAAGAUGGAGGAGGAAGCAUCCUUCGGCGCCAUGGAGGACAGGUGAUCUUCAAGGCCUGCAGGUAAGCUGCCCGCUGGUAUGGGAAAAGCCGGACCACGCUCGCCCUCCACCCCCACCUUGUUAUUCUAUUGGGGACAGCCAGGCCAGGCCGCUCCAGAUGGUGUGUUAGUGUUGGACAUAGCUUUGGAGAAACUUCAACAGACGAAGGCAGCGCUGUCAGGGUUUUGCUGUGCGUCGUCCGCCCUCCCCCCUGCAGUUCCCAGGGUAGGAAGGUGCUGAGAUGGGAGCGGAGGGACGCCCGCCCACCUGCCACCACCUGUUCCCCGCUUGAGCCGCGGCCUAUAAAUUCUCCUCCCUCACCGCUCGGCCCAGCGCUCCUCGCAUCUACUGCCCUAGCCCAGCUUCCGCGCAGAUUUGAUCACCCCGAAAACCAGCCCCAGGCUUCCCAGAGAACCGGCAGGGCCGCCUCCCUCCGACCCACAGCGACCGCCAGAAAGUUUCCGCCUCUUUCGGCUUCACGUUUCUGGCGGGGAGAAAUGACUUUUCCCUGAGCAUCACUUCCACUGCAUCUGGGCGACCCAGCCUGGCGCCCCGGCGGGCGGGGAGCCCGGGUCCCGCGCUGCCCACGGCACACCGAGUGCGCGCGAGCCGCGCCGCCCCGGGAGCCACGCCGAGCGGCCGCGCGGAUGAAGUCGGCCUGCCAGGCCCGCGGGCCCCCGGCGGGAGCGCGCGGCGCGCCUCCGGGCCCGGGCGCCGCCGAGCGCGCGGCGCCGUGCGCGGGGCCCGGGCGGCUGGAGAGCGCGGCGCGCAGGCGCCUGGCGGCCAACGCGCGCGAGCGGCGCCGCAUGCAGGGGCUGAACACGGCGUUCGACCGGCUGCGCAGGGUGGUGCCGCAGUGGGGCCAGGACAAGAAGCUGUCCAAGUACGAGACGCUGCAGAUGGCGCUCAGCUACAUCGUGGCGCUCACGCGCAUCCUGGCCGAGGCGGAGCGGGACUGGGUGGGGCUGCGCUGCGAGCAGCUGGGCCGCGACCACCCCUACCUGCCCUUCCCCGGGGCUAGGCUCCCGGCGGAGUCGGAGCCCUACGGGCAGAGGCUCUUCGGCUUCCAGCCCGAGCCCUUCCCCAUGGCCAGCUAAGCCGCAGGGCCACUUGGGUGGAGAACGAUCAGUCACCUUUCAGGUUAAUUUCCUUCCCCCUUCAGACCCGAGGAUGAGAUAAUGUCAUUGCCCUCCCUCCUCCCCCGGCUUGUGUUUUGUAGGUUUCAUGACCGGACUUUGUGAAUGACUUUGGACCGCUGUGGAAAGAAUGCUCUGCCCCCUUUAGCUUCAGACGUGGGCCUGGGGCCCAGCUGGGUUGGUAGAAUGCUUGCCUCGCGUGCACGAAGCCGUGGCCCGAGCUCCAGCUGCCGCGUAGACAGAGCACGGCGAGGUACAGCUGUGACCCUAGAGUCCUCGGGGAGUGGAGGAAUACCUACGAGACGCUGUCUCAGAAAAUACAUAAACGAAGGAAGGAAGGCUUGGCUAAGACUGGCACGGAGCCAUCCCACAGAUAGCUGCCUUCUAUCUUUGCAAGCUCGUUCUGACUGGGAGACCUUGUAUUAUGUGACCCGCUUCUGUCCCGAGCAGCUCCCGUGUGGUGGGAAUGCAUUUAUGCCCGGUAUAUAGUGUGUGUGCAUGCAUCAGGUAGAGCCAGACUUUUUUUUCCUGGUUUGUAGAGGGGUUUGUAGAGUACUUGGGCAUGGGCGCUCUGUAUUUUUUUAACUGUGUACA